AUGCAUUCAAAGAAUAAUAUUCGUCAAAUGACUGAUAUAUGUCGUCUAUCUUCACAAACAACCAGUUGUUCAAGUGGUUAUCAUAGUGAUUUAUCAUCAACAAAUGAAUCACCACAAUCAAUACAUGAAAAAAGAUCUGCAAAUAAUAAACAAUCAAAUUUUGUACAAAAUAAUAAAAUAAUAAAUAAUGAUAAAUCAUUAAAAACAAAAAAUAUUUCACGUAUAUCAACUUUUAUACGUAAACAAUAUGAACGAGCAAAAUCAAAAUUAAUAUUAAAAAAAAGUCAUAAUUCAUCUCCUACUAAAACAUGUAGUAAAGCAACAUCAACAACACCUGUAAAUUAUUUAUCAGAAAAUAAUCAUAUAAAAUUACGACAAUCACCAUCAAUUUAUAAACGAAAUUCAUUCAUAGAACCGUCUAUAAUUCAUUCUAUACAUGUUUAUCCAUUAUAUGAUAAUCAAGUGAAAAUUUCAACUGAAAAUUAUGCAUCAAUUCAUGAAUGUCAUUCUCAUCAACUAUCACAUCGUUUAUUAUCAUAUUCGAAAAGAAAUAAAAAUAAUAAUAAUAAUCAACAAAAUAUUCAUUCUUAUCAUCGUCUAAUGACGAUGAUCAAUCAUGAAAAUAUUCCUCGAGGGUUUCUAUCAACUAAUGAUAAUAUAUAUUCUCAUAAAAAUUAUUUAGUUAAACCUUCAUUAUGUCAAAAUUCUUAUCCAUAUAAAUAUAUAAAUAAAAAUUAUGAUUUUAAUCGAUCAACAUAUGAACCUAUAAGUGAUUUUAUUAGUACAAAACAAAGUGCAUUUAAACCAAUUAAAUUUUAUCAACAUCCUUCGAAUUAUAUUGAUGAACAAAUAUCAUCACCAUCUGAUGAUCCAUGUGAUCUUGAAGUAGCACAAUAUUUUCAUCAUACUCCACAAUGGAGUAAUCCAAAUUAUUUUGAUAUUUAUACAAAUGAAAUAUCAUCAACAAUAUCACCGAAAAAAACCUAUACUGAAACAUUAUGUUAA